UAGAGGAUGAUAUUAAUUACUUAUUUAAACCGCUCCCACUUGUGAUAUGAUCAGGUCCUUCAAUAUAAAUACUAUUUUGCCUUGCUACCCCUCCAUGAUUCCUCUUAUUUACUCCUUAAGUCCUCUCAUUUCCCCUUAUUUACACAAUCAGCCUAGGUCAAGAACGAUGCAAUAAUGGGGAAGAAAGGAGGAGGCAGCUGGUUCUUCGCCGUCCGGAAAGCUUUCAAGCCGCCGCCGCUCACCCUGCCUGAAACUAAGAAAUUUGAAGAAGAUAAUGGCUCUCCGGAGACGGCUGCAGAUUACGAGAGGCAGAGCAAUAAUUCCACGCCAUUAACGGCCGGUGAUAGAAACCAUGCCAUCGCGGUUGCCGCUGCUACUGCUGCAGCGGCUGAGGCGGCGGUGGCGGCGGCUGAGGCGGCGGCGAAGGUUGUUCGUUUGGCUGGCUAUGGUCGCCCGUACUCUAAGGAAGAAAGAGCUGCAACUGUUAUUCAAUCUUAUUAUAGGGGUCACUUGGCUCGAUGCGCUUUGCGUGCAUUGAAGGGUCUAGUGAGACUACAAGCACUAGUUCGAGGCUACAACGUACGUAAACAAGCACAAAUGACAAUGCGAUGCAUGCAAGCAUUAGUUCGAGUCCAAACUCGAGUUCGAGCCCGAAGGCUCCAACUAGCACACGACAAAUUCCAAAGAAAAGUCGAAGACGUUGAAGUAGAAGAAGAAAGAUUGAAACAAAAACAUGAGAAACUAAAGAUUCCCAACAAAAGAUGUGAAAUGGAAGCUCAAAGUUUGAAGAAAAAUAGGAAACAUGAACCGGGUCCGGUUUAUGAAAGUGAAGGCCGGCGUACGACUCAAUGGGGUUGGAGUUCACUGGACCGAUGGAUGUCGUCUCAGCCUUGCCACAAUCAGGAAGACAUGUCGGAGAAGACCGUUGAAAUGAACUUGGACUCAGGCCCAAACUCGGCCCACGUUCCGAGCUACAUGGCCCCAACUCAGUCGGCCAAGGCUAAGGCCCGGAGUUUGAGUCAAGUCAAGCCGCAGAGCCCAGUUUUGAGCCCAUUAAUGAGGAAAGGUUGGGUUUCCGAUUCGUCGAGUUCAACAGUGAACCAGGCCCAAUACGGCCCAAUAAGCAAGAGUAAUGGGAAAAGCACUCAAUUCCAUGAUGGUGGGAGUACAGGCCUCGGCCCAGAUAACUACGUGGACGAAGAGUGGGCCUUUCCCCUUGGAGUCCAUGGUUGGAGAUGAUUCGGUGAAAAUG